AUGUCUAGCCAUUCUCAGUCAAGUCGGGCGAUCCUCGUCACUGGCGCAACCGGUAAGCAAGGCGGCGCCGCGAUUGAUGCACUUCAAGAGUCAGAAAUCGGCAGCGUUUAUAAAAUCAUCGCCGUCACUCGCAAUGUCGCUUCUUCCAAAGCCAAAACCUUAGCAUCGCGUGGGGUCAUUGUCAUUCAGGGCGAUCUCAAUGAUGUUCCCGCUAUCUUCUCCGACGCCAAAGCAGCUUUGAGCUCUUCACAAGCCGAGAUUUGGGGUGUCUUUAGUGUACAAACGGCCAUUGGCAAAGGGGCAUCGGCAGAGCUCGAAGAAGCCCAAGGCAAGGCGCUAGUCGAUGCAGCUCUAUCCAACAAUGUCAAGUUCUUCACAUACAGCUCCAUCGACCGAGGCGGAGACGGCUCAUACGACAAUUACGUCCCUAGUGUAUCUCACUUCGUCAGCAAAUACCGCAUCGAGCAUCACCUGGUUGAGAAAGCGCGCGGCAAGAUGGACUGGAUCAUUCUUCGACCUGUUGCAUUUAUGGAAAACAUGGAGCCGGGAAUGGGUAUCAAGAUCAUGACUACAUCGUGGCGCGUCGCGGUCAAGGAUAAGCCUCUCCAGUUGGUUUCUGUCAAAGAUGUAGGACGAGCCGCCGCGAAGGCAUUCCUUCAUCCACAAGAAUUCGCCGGCAGGCAGAUUCCUUUGGCUGGCGACGAGCUCACGCUAGAAGCUGCCAGUGCCAUUUUUAAGUCUAAGAAGGGGACGGAGAUCCCAGAGACGUUCCAGUUUCUGGUCAGAUUCCUGCAUUGGAUGAUCCCCGAGUUUGGCGCCAUGUACAGAUGGUUCUAUACUGAUGGCUUUGGGGUCGAUAUCGCGGCUGUGAAGCGAGAGAGCUCCGAGAUGCUGGACUUUGGUUCUUGGGUGGAGAAAGAAUACGAUCAGGAUGGAAAGCGAGUCUAA